CCCGCCGGUUGCCAUUGGCCCGGGUUAGGGAAGGGGGGGCGGGUUCUCCGGGACGCCCGGCUCUCUCAUUGGGCGGCACGCGUGUUCGUCGCGUGCGGCGGUGGGUGCGCUCGGGCCGGGCCGUUAGGAGCGGCGGGGCCGAGCGGGCCAAGCCUGGAGCGGCAGUCCCGAUGGCAUCCAACUAUAGAAAACCUGGCUUAGGUACAGCCCAGCGGAAGAAAAGCGGCUUGAAACCUGAACUUACAGAAGACCAAAAGCAGGAGAUCAGAGAAGCUUUCGAUUUGUUUGAUACUGAUGGAUCUGGAAGCAUCGACAUAAAAGAACUGAAGGUUGCGAUGCGCGCUUUAGGCUUUGAGCCAAAGAAGGAAGAAAUUAAGAAAAUGAUAGCAGAUAUUGACAAAGAAGGAAGCGGCACCAUUGACUUUGAAGACUUUUUGGCUAUGAUGACACAAAAAAUGAGUGAAAAGGAUUCAAAAGAAGAAAUCUUGAAAGCUUUCAGAUUAUUUGAUGAUGAUGGGACAGGAAAAAUUUCAUUCAAAAACUUGAAAAGGGUUGCCAAGGAGCUGGGAGAAAAUUUAACAGAUGAAGAGCUUCAGGAAAUGAUUGAUGAAGCUGAUCGAGAUGGAGAUGGAGAAGUAAGUGAGCAAGAAUUUUUGAGAAUCAUGAAGAAAACUAGCUUAUAUUAAUACUUGUUGCCUUGCUAUACAGCUGCUCCAAAAGAUAACCUGGAAAAGACUUAAAAACUGGGCUUGUGUCUCCUGUGUACUUUUUGCCGUAUAAAGAUCUGAAAGGAGAGAUUUUUGGUUCAUUCUUCUUUUUCAACAAAGUUAAUUGGGAAAGGGAGGCUUCAGUACCCAGAACUGUUAAAAUGAGAUAUUGCAGAAGUGAAAAGGAAGGAUGAAGUGAACCUGCAAGACAGGGUCCCUUCCCCUCCCCCUCGACAAUUUCACUCAUUGCCAUUUUGGAUAAUGAAUGCUGUGUUUCAGCUAUUUAACUAAAAGGCAUUUCACUUGAGAUGUGAAGAUUCCCACUGCUGCUGGGAAAGGCCACUUCUGACUUUCCUAAGGCUACAGAACGAAGGUACAAGCACAGUAUUUCUAUUUCUUUUAAGGCUUUUAGGUUAUCUUUUGGUAUUUAUCUCCUUUUGUUUAUUUCCAUGAAAGACUCUAAAACCAAUUGCAUAUCUGUCUUCAUUUCUGUAUGAAACACUUUUCCCAUGGCAAGUUGUUUUGGGACCUAAUGGGAAGCAAAUGUAGAUAACCAGAUUUGGUUCUUCAUUUGGAACUGCGUGCCAUCAGUAGAUGUUCCUCUGUUUAUCUGACCAUCUGAAACCUAGUUUACUUGAACGUAACCUGCUUGGAUUAUCAAAGUUUAUCAUAUGACCAGUCAACAUCCCGUGCCAUUGUUCUCAUUCCCAAGACAGUCUUAACAGAGCUGCUGUUACGCCAGGAUUUUAGGUAUCUAAAAAGUUCAGUUCUGUGGCGCACUAGGGUACAUGUUGUCUUUGGCUAUUUACAGUCAAGCUGCAGGGAGGACUUGCAUCUGAAGUGAAAAAAUAGCUCACCUCGGACAUUCAUGGAACACUGAAUAUAUUUAGAUCCAUGCAAUCCAAAUUAAUUUCAGACAUCACAGGUUUGGGGUUUUUUUAGGAGUACCUUCAUUUUCUUGAAUAUUUCUUGCAUAUACCGUCAGUCUAGGAUUUACUGGAGAGCCACAUUUCCUCCUGUGUUAUGGUGACAGAGCAGUGACACACAACAUGACAUCCAAUUACGUGGUGCUGCAGGAGGGUUUAUCCUUGGGUCCUGAUUAGACAAUCAGCUUCAAAACUGCAGGGAAAUGGUAUAAUCCUAAAUAGCAUCUCUCUCUAAUAAGGCACCUAAAGGAGAGUUUGUUACUGCUCACAGUGAAGUGGCAAGUAGGUAGCAAAAUGUCAGAAGGGUUCAAUGGGAAGAGGAGGGAAGAAACAAUAUUUCACCAGUAUCUGUUAAGAUCCCUCUUUUCUUCAGGCAGCUUCUGCUGCUUGACAGCGCUAACAAGGUUUGUAGAAGACGGAAGAGCCAAUUCCUGGAUUAGCUCCUCAUUACAGCUGCCUCAGCUCUCAUGAGCUGUAAGGGCCCAGCAGGGGGAGAAAUUGGUUUCAGGAGCAGGAAGAAGUGUUCAUUUAUGUUAUCUUCUUGUCGGCGUGCAGCUGCGGACCUGGCACAUUCUGCCCUGGUCCUCUGAGUUUUGUACUCUGAGCAACUCUAAAUAGCCCCUCUCUAACCUGUACAGAAGCAGGCUUAAACCUGUGGGAGAACAGGGAUUGUGUAGCACCCUGGAAAACUCAAGAGACCUGUGAAGUCCCCUAUUAACAUAUUCAGUGGCAGUAGAUGUAACCUAUAGUACUGUAAGUGUUUUAAAACGUCUAUUAACUUUGUAUAAGUGUGAAAUAAAACUGUUUUGCAAGUUAA